GCUGGCGCGCGGCCGCGCGCAAGCGGCGGCGGCGGCGGGCGAGGCAUCCAGCGGCACGGCUGCCCCCUCGGUCGCGGCGUGCGGGCUCGUCUCGCCUGCAGCGGCGGCGGCGGCGGCCGCUUCCCGUCGUCGGCAGGAAUGAAGACUGAAUUGAAGAUGAAUUAAUAAAGCCGCUGCUGUAAAUGUAGGACAGAACACUAAUGGUGUGGGCAGUAUGGACCUCAUGAACGGGCAGUCCAGCAGUGUUAAUAUUGCAGCUACUGCUUCAGAGAAGAGUAGCAGUUCAGAAUCAUUAAGUGAUAAAGGUUCUUCUGAAUUGAAGAAAAGCUUUGAUGCAGUGGUAUUUGAUGUUCUGAAGGUUACACCAGAGGAAUAUGCAGGCCAGAUAACACUAAUGGAUAUUCCUGUAUUUAAAGCUAUUCAACCAGAGGAGCUGUCAAGCUGUGGUUGGAAUAAAAAGGAGAAAUACAGUUCUGCACCAAACGCAGUUGCCUUUACAAGAAGAUUCAACCAUGUAAGUUUUUGGGUUGUUAGAGAAAUUCUUCAUGCACAGACAUUAAAAAUAAGAGCUGAAGUUUUAAGCCACUAUAUUAAAACUGCUAAGAAACUCUAUGAGCUAAAUAAUCUACAUGCUCUCAUGGCUGUGGUGUCUGGAUUACAAAGUGCCCCCAUUUUCAGAUUGACUAAAACAUGGGCAUUAUUGAGCCGAAAGGACAAAACUACUUUUGACAAAUUGGAAUAUAUAAUGAGUAAAGAAGAUAACUAUAAAAGACUUAGAGACUAUAUAAGCAGUUUGAAGAUGACUCCCUGUAUUCCUUAUUUAGGUAUUUAUCUCUCAGACUUGACAUACAUUGAUUCAGCAUACCCAUCAACAGGGAGCAUUCUGGAAAAUGAGCAAAGAUCAAAUUUAAUGAAUAACAUACUUAGAAUAAUUUCAGAUUUACAGCAGUCUUGUGAAUAUGAUAUUCCUGCAUUACUUCAUGUUCAAAAAUACUUGAAUUCUGUUCAGUAUAUAGAAGAACUUCAAAAGUUUGUAGAAGAUGACAAUUACAAGCUUUCGUUAAAGAUAGAACCAGGAACUAGUACCCCACGGUCUGCUGCCUCUCGUGAAGAUUUAGUAGGCCCUGAAGCGGGAGUUUCCCCACAAAGUGUACGAAAAAACGCUGCCGCGGAGGGAGCACUGCUACCACCAACGCCUCCAUCCCCUCGGAACCUGAUGCCACAUGGGCAUAGGAAAUGCCACAGUUUAGGAUACAAUUUCAUUCAUAAGAUGAAUACAGCGGAGUUUAAAAGUGCAACGUUUCCAAAUGCAGGACCAAGGCAUCUAUUAGAUGACAGUGUCAUGGAGCCCCUUGCCCCUUCACGGGGGCAGGCAGAGAGUUCCACUCUUUCUAGUGGAAUUUCAAUAGGUAGCAGUGACGGUUCUGAGCUCAGUGAAGAGACUUCAUGGCCAGCAUUUGAAAGGAACAGAUUAUAUCAUUCUCUUGGUCCGGUGACAAGAAUGGCACGAAAUGGCUAUCGAGGCCACAUGAAGGGCAGCAGUUCUGCAGAGUCCGAAGAUUUAGCUGUUCAUUUGUAUCCAGGAGCUGUUACUAUUCAAGGUGUUCUCAGGAGAAAAACUUUAUUGAAAGAAGGCAGAAAACCUACAGUAGCAUCCUGGACAAAGUACUGGGCAGCACUGAGUGGAACCCAGCUCUUUUAUUAUGCUGCAAAGUCUUUGAAGGCAACAGAGAGAAAACAUUUCAAGUCUACACCAAGCAAGAACGUGUCAGUAGUAGGGUGGAUGGUCAUGAUGGCUGAUGAUCCCGAGCAUCCAGAUCUCUUCCUCCUCACAGAUUCUGAGAAAGGGAACUCAUACAAGUUUCAAGCUGGUAACAGAAUGAAUGCAAUGUUGUGGUUCAAACACCUGAGCACCGCCUGUCAAAGCAACAGACAGCAGGUCCCUGCCAACUUGAUGACUUUUGAGUGAGAAGCUGCUUCAGAACUGGACAGGGAUUAAACUUCCGAAUCCUGUCUGUCUCAUGGUUUGGGGAAGGAGGCCCUAGUGAAAGCAUGCCAGCUAUUCUUCUGUGCCAGAACAAGGAUGGUAAACAGUUUCAAAUCUCUACAGUACUGAACAAAAAAAAAAAGCACUAAGAGUUCAGGGGACGGAAAUGCAACGUGAACUGUCAGGGAACAUGCUGCUGCUUAAUAUUCUCUGAACUGAUCUGUGGAAACCACUGCCUUAAAGAAUGAAAGGAAAACCAACAUGAAACACCAAAUAGCGCACGUGUGUGUGAAACCUCUGGCGGUGCUAUGCUUAGGUUAAAUAGGUUGUAGCUAGUUUUCAUUUGUGUUAAGUUGAUUAGAUUUUAAUUUAAAAGCCCAACUUUUUGCAGUUGUUCUUCUUGUAAAAAGAAAUAAAUCCCAACUGUGUAAGGAUGUCAAGGGGUGGGUUUGCAAUGAUGCAGCGUGUGUGUUCUCAAAGAGUACAUGGACUAUACUUGUAUCACUCUCUUGAGUUUUUGUUGGGCUUAGAAAAUUUGAAACACAAUUUAAUUUGUUUAGGCUUAGAAUGUAAAAACUGUAAUAUAUGCAAAUUUCUUCUCUUUUCACAAAAGCACUGACUUUGCAGAACUUCGUACUGUAUUUUUUUUCCUGAAAGUGGCACAACAGCUGAGCGUUCAAACAUGACACUCUUCUUUUCUUCAAGUUUUUGUUUGACAGUUUCCUAGUAGAAAUAGUCUAUGGGGUUUUGUAAUGCAAGCUCUGAUGGAUCAGAGUUCAUGGAUCAGAACUGAGCUUUUGUUCCUCAGCAUAUUUUUAAAUGGGCUACAUUCUUAUUUCCCCAACAAGCACUUUGAAUAUGCCUUGUAAAGCUCUUGCACGGGUUAUUUACUGUUGAAAUAUAUCCCCUCUCAUAUAUCAGAUAUUUUACAGAUAACACUUUUACUGCAGCUCUCUUCAUGCAGUUUGAGAAGCAUGUACUUGUAUAUUUUGGAAUCGGGAGUUUCAUUGAGUUCUUCUGUCCCUGAUACAGAAGUCAGACCUAUAUAGUCACCUAGCACUAGUACAAAUUUCAGAUAGUCAGGAGAAACAGUAAUAAUGUGUUUCAAGAAAAAUAUAUAAAUGGAGUAAAAAUCAAAUAGGACAAAUUGUUUUCUACAUGAAAAAGAAUUUUGUCAUUAUACCCAUAUUCUGAAAAAAUGUUUCAGCCACAUUUGUGAAAAAUAACUUGUGCUCUAAAGGUUUUUUUGUUUAAUGUGGCACUUUAUUUUCAAAUGCUUUGAGGCCACUUCAGAAUCCUCCGAUGGGUGAUCCUUAUUACUAAAUUUAAGCAAGUCAGGUAUGAAAAGACUGCAUCUUGUAGGCAAAACUCAUUAAUUAAAGAGAUGCUCUCCUUCAGUAUAUAGACUGUGAAAGAAUUUGCUUUACUCUUACUGAAUUUAUUAAUAGAUGAGUGUAUGUAUAUAAUUUUUUUAAAAAAUCACUGACUCAUGUUUCCAGAGUUCACAGAAUCUUUUUUCCUAUGGGUGGGAUAGAGCAGGGACUGGCAGGAGCAGGAGACAAUAAAGCUGGUAUAAAAGUGGCACUCGGCCGCUUUGAAACCUGCUCCUUUUUCUUCCUAUAAGAAUGUUCACAGUGUUUUAAACACCUUUUAUUUGUCCCAUUCUACAUUCUUGAGGAAUAAAUGUUCAGUUCUGACCUUGUAGUUAUGUAUGUUGGAAAGGAAGGUUUGCUUGUUCAAGUCACUUCUAGUUUACAUGUCUCCACAAAAGAACCAUUUAGGGUGUUUCAUAGAAACAUCUUCAUAGCCAGCAGUAUUACUGUACAGAGUUUACAUGACUUAUGUUCCAUUUUCAAAAUUACUGUGUGUCUCUUUUCAAAGUAUUUUUUAAAAGGACAACACUAUAAAUGUAUGUGUUUUUUCCCUUUAGGAUUGUGGAAGGUAACCCUGUGGAAUUUUUUUUUUAAGAGAAAAUGUGGGAAUGGGGGAAAGCACUAGUGUACAUAUAUUGCAGGCAUAUCCCAUUUGUCCUUAAUGUUUUAUGAGUAGAAAUAUGCAACUGGGAGCAAGCCACAAUUUCAUGUAAUUCGGGUUUGCUAUAGUCAAUUCAUGCUACAGUUGUUCAGUUGGCAUAUUCAUUAGGUUUUGGCAUAUUAAACUUCUUUAUGGAAGUUUCCAAUACUUUGUCCCAAUCAUAGCACACUAUAUCCUCCUCAGUCAUUUUUAACAGGUUUCUCAGGAUAUGGUUUGCUUCAUCCUAGACAAGUUUUUGUAGAUUGGUCUCUCCCAUCAAGAUCUAGUUUAAGUGAAAGAGCUGUUUCUGUGAAGGCAAAACCUGCAAAAUGGUCACAUGAAACAGCGCAAAGCCAGAUUAACAAUUGCUGAGUUUGUUGUUUAUUUUCCCCCAAAAGCUGCCUUGUAUAUCCUUGCAGGAAGUUUCAAAAGUAGUAGAAAAAAACUUAGGAAGCUGUAGUGACUAUUUUCAGCCAAAUUUUGACCCAACUUUAAAUAUGAUAACUCUAUGUGAAAGUUCUAGUUGAAAAUGAAGCUGUUUAAUCUAGUUUAUGGGAAUGACAGAGUUGUGACAAGUUCAGGGAUUUCUGCUAGCUUGCAUACAUUCCAUAGAUACUGUUUUAUCUCGGGUUAACCUAGGCAUUUUAGAGCAGCACAGAAGCACGGAGACUUCCAUUUUUUAAUGCUUGAUUUGUCAACAGUAGCUUUGUUUUUAUGUUUAGGCAGAUAGGCAUAGUCCUUCACAGAGUCCUGAGACAGGAAAAAUACUUGUAAUUCAUUAGAUAUCCUUUAUACUACUUCUUGUAAGAAAACUAGUUUUAAAAAGUUAGUUUUACUAGAAAAAACUAUUUGACUUCUGAAGUUUGUGUGAAAUUUUAUUGUGUUACAUUCCAGUGACAUAAAAUUCCACAGCUCAGUGUUAUCCAUUCCAUUAGAUUUAUAUAUUGGUUUUGAAAGAGGUGGGUUUAAAACAAAGGUUAUGUCAAAAAAACCCUGAAAUCAGUCUAAAUCUGAAUGAACCAUUCUGAUUGCUACCCUUUGAAUCGUUGAGCUGGCUGUGUGAACUGUAGCACUAAACAAAGAUUCUCAUUUUCUCCCCUUUUCCCCCUUUUUGGCAGUCAGUAAUUGAAAACAAGAUGACUUGUAUUUUUCCCUUUGUUCUAAUGCAGUAGCUACUGAAAUAUAUAUUGUGCAAUGCAAUCCAAUGAAGCUGUCCACAGCCCUCCAGAUUUUGAGGAAUACAGGCAUCCUACACCUGGCAGAGGGGAUGUGAGGCUGAGGUUUCCUUCAUCUUCCUCCUCCCAUGCCAAAACCUGUGGCCGUUUAUGAGUUUGGAUGCAGAGGAAAGUGAGAUGCUGCUAGGACACUGUGCAUGCCUGUGGAGCCUUCUCCUCUCCUACCCACCCCCAAAAGCCCAUCUCUGAGCUGGUGGUCUUUCUACACCAGCGGGAAGUCAGAACUGGGGCUUUGAAUUAUCCAAUGGCUCGCUAGGCACCAACAUAGGAUUGUACCCUAAGUUUAUUUAAGGGUAUGUUUUUAUGGAUCUUCCCAAACCUAUUCAAGUAGUUUAUGAUUGUUAAUGAUAAUAAAAGUUUCAACAAACGAGUCCAGCUGGAAUUCACAAUCUGAGUCAUGUACUUGGUUUCUGUGCACACACAGAAAAUAACGGAAGCACUGCUUGUACCGCUAUGACUCAGUUUGUAGUCUAGGUUGAGUCACCUUUUAAGGAAGAAACACUGACAUUUCUUACAAGAAGAAAUGUUUAAUACUGAAUGGAAAAAAACCUAUUUUGAUAAAAACUAAAAAGAAAAACCUCAUUAGACAGUUUAAAAGAAAGCUUUUCGUGCCAGUUCACUAAUUCCAUAUUCCUGAAUUGCUUUUUCUGCAUAAUGCCUUGAUUGGAGAACCUUUGUUGCACACCUCAAAUUUGAGCUGAUUUUCCAUACAAUAAAUUUCAGGGACUUCAUGGUUCACCUGGUUGUGUGCAUUCUACCAUUCUGAAUCAGUCGUUUUUGUCUUGUUGCCUUUCAGCAAGCCAACAGGAGAUAGGAUAGGUAGUGUCAUCAGAAGGUUUUUUCCCCCCUAAAAUCUCAGCCAACCCUCUAAGGAAGCUUUCCAUGUGAUGAAACUGUAGCUCAAGCUUCUUCACUAAAGAUUUUUUUCCCUAUAUAAUCUCAGUGUAGGGAGAUUUUAGAUGGAGGAACUAUGAGAUUUAGUAUGAAAUUGAGGCAUGUUGUGCUUAUAUCUUGAAACAUACAUUGGUUUGGCCAGAUGGAGAUUACAGGGAAAAGGAUCCUGAGAAAACUUGCAGAGUUGCUCAUGUGGACUGCACUUGAAUCAUAAAAGCUUGUUGGGAAUGUUGCUGCUCAAGGCUUACCGCUACCCGAUAUAAAAGGCAGCGUAAAGCAGUACUGUAGGGUUAAAUGAUGAGCUUCGUUUCCUGUUGAUUUUGAAGCACAUUCCUGUAACUUGGUGUAUGAGUCUGCCAUCGCAAACACAAACCUGUUUCAAAUUAAGUUUGGUCACAAGGUGAUCUUCCUAUGCUCUUCCAGUUGCAUUUUUUUCCUCAUCCUUUUGUACAUAUUUCUUUUUCAUUUCUGAAAAAAGCAUUAUUAAUCCUGCUCUACUUUUCCCACUUGGCAUACUGUCUGCUGCAGAAGCUUGAAUACACUGGUAUUAAAUAACCAUGUUUCUUUUCCCUGAAAAGUAAGCCUUUCAAGAUAUGGUGAGUUCCAAGUUCUUCCUUUCCCCCCUUUAAAAAUGGCUUGUGUCUUAAGAUUGAAAGCUUCACUUAAAAUUGUGAGCAAACGCAGAAUGUUUCUUCGAAGGAAACUAGCAUUUCUUGCCCAUAAUAAGGUCUUGAGCAUGCGGUAUCUGCAUAAGAGUUUUGUCAGUGCCUUAACCACCUGUUUGAAGACCAAGGGGGCAGACCACAAAGUACUACUGCUAUGCAAUCCCCCAUUAAUGCAAAUUGGGUUUUCGCAGGAGUCACACACAGGCCCCACUUCAGUGAAGGAAAUUUGUGCAGCCAGCAGAUUAGCUCUGUUGUUUUGCCUCCUUUUUUUGUUUUGAAACUCAGAAUUCUUAUAGUCAUAGACCCAGUGGCUUCCCACUUGAAUUUGUAUAAAUUUCAUUCCACUGUCAGCCCCUUGAAAACAAGGAUCUAGAGUUGAUUUGUGGGCCAGCUCGCCCAUUUAUAUUGGUGGGAAAGCUCCUGGGUGUGCUGGGGACCAGGGCUGGGCCUCAGGAAUGUGCGUGUGUGCCACCACAUAAGUGACUUUGCAUGUGAGCUGGGUAUUUACCCAGACCCAACCCCACCACCACCGGCGAAGGAGCUUAUUGGAGUCAUCGUUUGAGCUCACCUUUCAAACAACUAGCAAGAUCAUUUCUGGUUUGGUUUUGUUUUUCAUUUUCUCGAUUCUAGAAUCUGGUGGUUUAGGCCAGCAUCUCUUUAAAAUUAGCCAUAUUCACAUGAAUGUGUUAGCUGCAGGCUCUUCUCAUGCUGCUGCACAUUCCAAAUGCCUGUCAUUCUAGUGACCAAAGAUCAGAUUGUAUGUAAAAUCUGAACAUCAAUAAGUAAAUAUAGGGAAUCUCUCCAAUGUUUCAACAUUUUAUUAUUCAUUAUUAACUAGGUUUUUUAGUUACCAGAUAGCACCACUGAGAAAAUUUGGUUUCAGAUAAGCUUGUUGUUCCAAUUCAUCCAUGCAGAAAGCAUGUUUCCUUUUAAAAAUUGUAUUCUUGAUGGAGACUAUGUCAGAAAAAAUAACCUGUACAAAACAUGGUAGGUAACUUAAGCCAGGGAUGGGCAUUCCAACCAUCCACCCAGGCCCUGCAUAGGCCAGAUUCCUUAAUGGGAUGCCCAGUUAUGUCAUUUCCUGCCAUUAGGGUUGCUUCACUGGCACCACAUCCUCCUCAGUAGGGAAAGAAGCAGUGGCUAGACCACUCCAGCCGUGCCUGGGGCAGAAGCAAGGCGAGGCAUUCAAGGAAAUCUCAUCUGUAGUCAGAUGGUAAUUCUCCUCCCCAAGGGGCCUGGAAAGGGGAAUUCCUCCGAUUUCUGGUCAGGAUCAGAGAUAAAAGGGGGAUUCCCACCCCUCCUUCCAGAUUCCCAAGGGCCUUACAGCGUGAGCAUCGGGUGGGACCCAUGGAGGGAGCAAAAGGUUUGGAGGACCAGGUUAGGGCUGCCAGCUGUAAGUUCUCCCUUCCCUGCUUCUCGUCUUGAAGCAUUCUGAUCUUGAAUAGCCAACUGACUGUGCAUCUUCCCGAGCUUUAUCAGAGGAAAUGACAUUUUCACAAAGGGAUUCAUAAUGGAGCAUAUCUUCAACAAUAACCGCUAAAGCCCAGCUGCAGGUAUUGAAGGACGGUGCAAGCCGUUUCUGGCUGCGGAUUGUGCAAGGAGAAACAUUCCAUCUGGAGGCGGAUAUUACAGAUGCCUUGGAGGCUUUUUCAGGGAAGGGCUGCAUAUCGUUGGAGAUGAUUAUAACCCACUUUCUCAUAGUUCUUCUGCCUGGGCCUUAUUUGACACCUAAGGGAGGUCAUAUCCCAUUUCCUCUCUGCAGUGAACCUCUAGAAGAGGGAAGCACAUUUUGAAUUACCAAAUAAUUUCUUGCUUGCCCUUUAAUUACCCAUAAACCUAUUCAGAGUGGAUCAGUGGAUGACAGGAGGUGUGACAGUUCUGCAUAUUCUUGCCUAUUUCAUAGCCUUGUUAGAGACAAAUACAGCCAUUCAAAUCAUACUGUUGUUCACAUACACACAAACUGCUCAAGAGGUAGAGUCAACGUUAUGCUGAACACAAGCCAUUUUUACUGUUGACCUAAAGCACCAUUUUGAGGGAGGUUGAAUGCACUAUGACCUCACUGAGUGAUGUGCAGUUUGGCUGUUGCUAUUUCUUUCUCCUUCUGAUUUUGAAUACUUAUUGUAUGUGUGUGUUUGAAUUGUGUGUUUGCAUAAGCUGUUUCAAAACAGCUUGAAGUAUGAACUUAAAAAUAGAAUUUUCCUACUGAAAUAAAUUACUUAAAAUUUGAA